UGUCAUCUUGGUCUCUGACGGUCGAGAAAUCGGCUGAUGAGACAAUAACAAUUAGAUAUUAUACACAAUAUUAUCCUGAAUUGCAAGGGAAAAUCGUUAUUUAUCUUAGUUUUCCAUUUAUAUUUUUAUUACUUAUUCUUUUAUUAUUUUGUGACGUCGAAAACAGCGUUCUCUCGAUACGUACACAACAAGAAUUCGUCCAUGCUGGACCAUUUGACUUGUUUGCUCUGCUGAACAGUAUUUUUGCUUAGUUAGAAUGGACGGCGUAGUAAAGAAAAAAGGUGCGAGCCGACCUAACCGCGGUGGCGGUGCGGCAAGCAAAGCUCAGAAGCCUCAGCCCAGUGCUUCGAGAAACGCAGGUUUUAGCAAGAAGGGGGACAUGGAGUCUUUCAAGGAUGGCACCUGUGAAGACACAGUUGUAUACGCCAAAGAAACACCGAACCACAGCGCACCCGAACCUCUGCAGACGUUGAAGGUAGAACUGCAGAAACUGUACAUGUCGAAAGACAAUGAGAAGCUCGUCAUGGAUGCUCUAAAGCACGCUCAUGGAGAUGAAUUUGAGUUGAGUGAAAAGUCUGCUUACAAAGACCAAGGUGCAGGGGCGCUGAAACAAUACUGGAUGUCCAGAAGCACACUCAUCGUGCAAGGCGGGAUCGACUAUUCCAACAGAGAAAAAAACCACACGCUGCAAGGACCAAACCAAAUCAGUGCCUUCGCUCUGAAAAAAUUAGAAAGCUUUGGCUUCCACUCUACCCACUGUGUUGAGGCGCUGAACAUUUUCAAUGGAGAUGUGAGUCAAGCGCUGCAAUUACUGUGUUCAGCAUAUUUUAGUUCGCCCGAGCCGCAAGAGCCGCUUGAAAAGCUUUCGGACAGCGUAAUAGAUGCUAGGCAAGAAGAAAAGGAAGCCCUGGAGGCGAUUUAUGACUCUGAAUUUGCUGAGCGGAUUCCGUACAAAGUUUGGUGCUUGAAACUUAAUUUACCGUACUUACGAAAGCUCUGUGAUAAACCGAAAGUGGUUGUUCCUACGAAACCUGCCAAGGAGCUGUGUAGAUUUUAUCUUAAAGGAGUUUGCAGACAGUCUUACAACUGCAAGUUCUCCCACGAAGGCUUGUCCAAAGCCUCGACCGUGUCGGACGCCCAUUUGCGAGACCCGAAAGACGAGAGCACGCUGUUCGAGAUGGAAAUCCGCUUCCCGGAAGGAAACAACUACCCCACGGACGCUCCUCUUGUUUGCGUUUCUGCAGAAAGCUCAAAGUUCCCCACGGAUUUGUGCUUGAAAAUUUCUAAAAAGCUGAACGACGAGGCCAAACUGCUGGCCGAGCAGGGAUUUCCCGCCAUUUUCUCGUUGGUCGGCAUUCUGGAGCAAGAGACUGAAAUCGCGCCCCUCCUCAACCUACCGAGACCAGGACCGAGGCAGUUGGAGCCCCUCGUCCCCACUGACCAGGGGGAGGAGCAGGUUCAGGAGACGACUAAUAACAAAAACUCCAAGAAACAAAACCCGCAGUCGGCACCUAGAGGAGCGCGCCAGAAGUCCUCCGACCAGAUUGUCCGUGAAAACGAACGCCUGAGAAAACUGCACCUGGAAAAACCGGAGUUCCAACAGUACAAGAAAAUGAUGCAGGCAAGAAAAAACCUUCCGGCCUGGAGCGAGCAGAAUAAAAUCCUGGAAGCGCUUCGUACGAGUCAGGUGGUGGUCGUCAGCGGCGCCACAGGGUGCGGCAAAAGCACUCAGGUGCCGCAGUUCAUCAUGGACGAGUGGCUCGGAGGGGAUCGCUUCGACCCCUCCUCAAACGUCGAGAUCAUCUGCACGCAGCCGCGCCGCUUGUCCGCCAUCGGGGUGGCAGAGCGCGUGGCCGACGAGCGGGCCGAGAAAAUCGGCCAGUCGGUCGGCUACCAAAUCCGUCUCGAGUCGAAAACCUGCAGCUCGACCCGCCUGCUGUUCUGCACGACGGGAAUUCUGCUCCGGCGGCUGGAAGGGGACGCCGAACUGGGCGCCGUGUCCCACGUGAUCGUGGACGAGGUGCACGAGAGAAGCGACGAGUCCGACUUCUUGCUCAUGAUCCUGCGGGACCUGCUGCCAAAGAGACCCGACCUGAAGAUCGUCCUGAUGAGCGCCACCCUGAACGCCGACCUUUUCUCGCAGUACUUCGGGCAGGUGCCCGUCAUCGAAAUUCCCGGCCGGACUUUCCCUGUGGAGCAGCUCUUCCUGGAAGACACCCUUGCCAAAAUCGGCUACACCGUCGACGAGCACUCGCAGUACGCCAGGCACGUCAAGCUGAACAACCUGAGUGACAUCAGGGAGCUGGACACGGCCGGCAGCGACGAUUUGGAGCUGGAGCUGUCCAUCGUCGGCGACAACUUCUCGGCAGCCCACGACAGGACUCCCGACGAGAAACUGAGUCCCGCGCAGCUGUUCCACCGAUACGAAGGGUUCGACAAGCAGGUCUGCAAAACCAUCCUGUACAUGGAGCCUGAGAAGAUUAAUUACGAACUGAUCGAGGCCACCCUGGUCUACAUCGCGCAGGGCGACCACAAAUAUCCCAAGAAGGGCUCCAUUCUAGUCUUCCUGCCGGGGCUGGCCGAGAUCACGGCCAUGCUGGACCAGAUCAAGGACCACAGAGUUUUGGGCCAGAGGAGAGGGAAAUUUGAAAUUAUUCCGUUGCACUCUUCUCUCAGCAGCGAGGACCAAGCCCUGAUAUUCAGGAAACCAAAGGAAGGCGUGCGGAAGAUAGUGCUGUCCACGAAUCUGGCCGAGACGUCCAUCACCAUCGACGACUGCGUGUUUGUCGUGGACGCCGGGAAAAUGAAAGAGAAGAGGUACGACCCGAACAAGAACAUGGAGUCGCUCGAGCUGUGCUGGGUGUCCCAAGCAAACGCCCUGCAACGCCGGGGACGAGCCGGCAGAGUCAUGCCUGGGGUUUGCUUCCACCUUUACACCAAACACAGGUUCGAGUGGCAGUUCUUGAAGCAGCCCAUUCCUGAAUUGCAGAGGGUGCCUUUGGAGCAGCUAGUCUUAAAAAUUAAGGUUUUGACCUUAUUCAAAGGCAGAGAGCCAAUGGAAGUUUUGCUGAACACGCUGGAGCCACCAUCUGAGGAAUCGGUCAGCACAGCCAUACGGCGUCUUCAAGACGUCGGUGCCUUGGACAACGCGGGCGCCCUGACUGCCCUGGGGCACCACCUGGCCGCCUUGCCCGUGGACGUGCGAAUCGGAAAACUGAUCCUGCUCGGGGCCAUCUUCAGCUGCGUCGACUCUGCCCUGACCAUGGCGGCGUGUCUCAGCUACAAGUCGCCGUUCGUCAGUCCGUUCUCCAAGAGGGACGAAGCGGACAAGAUAAAGCGCCAGUUUUCAACGUACAACAGCGACCAACUGACCGUCCUGCGCGCGUACAAAGGCUGGCAGAAGGCCAAGGAGGCGGGCUACUCGGCCGGCCAGUCGUUCGCCCAAGAAAACUUCCUCUCGCACAGGACGCUGCAGAUGAUCGUGGAAACGAAACUGCAGUUUCUCGAGCUGUUGGUGUCCAUUGGAUUCGUGCCUUCGGACGAGUUCGACAGCUUCAGGGUGAAGAAAGCGGCCAAGAUGGGCAGGGACGUGACCCUCGAUAGCUCAGGCGCCAAGCUGAACGAGCACAACGAAAACUACAAACUGCUCUCCUCGAUUCUGUGCGCUGCGCUCUAUCCAAAUGUGGUCAAGGUGCUUUCUCCUCAGCAGCUGUACGCCUUGCAGGCCAGUGGUGCGGUUCCCAGGACGCCCAAACCAGAGGAGCUUAAGUUUAAAACCAAAGAUGACGGAUAUGUGGCCAUGCACCCCUCAUCUAUCAAUUACCAGGUCGGCCUAUACAGUAGUCCCUAUCUUGUGUUCCACGAGAAAAUCAAAACGAGCCGCAUUUUCAUCCGAGAAUGCUCGAUGGUGCCCGCGCUGGCGCUGGUCCUCUUGACGGGCAGUUCACUCAACGUGGAAAUCCACUCUGGAAUGACCGUGGUCGCUCUCGAGGGCGGCUGGAUUCGAUUCGGCGUCGACUCGCACCCGGUUGCCGAGAUGUACAAGGGCAUCAGGGUCGAGUUGUUCAAACUGAUGGAUAAGAAAAUCGCUGAUCCAAGCUACGACUUCCAGUCUGAGGUUUUGAGUCAGCACGUGAUCAAAGCCAUCAUUAGAUUGCUCACUUCAGAAUUGUGAUCAGAUUUAAUUUUCAAAUAUUAAUUGCUAUCCGCACUGGAUGGUGUAUUUAUACUAUGACUUAAAGAAUCGAGAUUAAAGAAUGUUGCAACCAAAUCGUC